CUGGGUUCGAGUCUCAUUUCUCACAUUUGUAAGGGUGAAUUAAUAAGAGUUUUUUUUUAGAGAGUCCUACUUUAAAAAUUUUUUUUACUACAGUAAUAAUUAAGGAUGGCCGGGUUGAUACUUACCAAAAAAGUUACUAGCAAAUACAGUAUGUCUUCGAAUUAUAAAGAAAAAAAAAGUUGAAAGUUAAAACUAAAUGAAAGGGCAAGUAAAAACGGAUGGCAAACUUUACCAAUUAUAAAAGGCCACGUGUGAAAGUGGCGGUUAACAUUUGAAAAGAUUUAUAUGCAAGGACGACACUUAAAAUCAAAACCGCUUCAUAAUCUGGUUUUUUCACAUCAACGUACCGGACAUUCGAUACCAACACUGCUUCCAAUUCAUAUUAAUUACACAACAUUCGCCCGCUAAUUAGAACAAGGAAUUUUUUUGUUUAUUCUUAAUCAAAGUUUAUAUAGCCUCAACAUGGCGUCUACUUUAGCAACCAGAUUUGAACACGCGAUGACUCCCACAGCCAUGAGAUCGUAUCUCGCAGAGUUUCUCUCCACAUUCUUUUUUGUAUUCGCAGCAACCGGCUCCGCAAUGUCUUCAAGGAAGAUGAUGCCGGAAGCAGCAAUCGUUGAUCCGUCUAGCCUUGUAGCCACAGGGAUUGCAACUGCUUUUGCGUUGUCGGUUUCUGUUUAUGUUUCGGUUAAUGUUUCUGGUGGUCAUGUCAACCCAGCGGUCACGUUUGGGAUGGCGGUAGGGGGACAUAUUAGUAUUCCUUUGGCAAUAUGCUAUUCGCUUUCUCAAAUGUUUGGUUCCGUCUUUGCGUGUGUCAUCUUGAAAUUCAUGACUGUAUCCACGGAUCUUCCGGUUCAUGGGAUUCCACAAGAAAUGACAGGAUUUGGAGCAACAAUUCUAGAAGGGGUAAUGACAUUCGCGUUGGUGUACACUGUUUACGCGGCCGGAGACCCAAGACGUGGAGCAUUUGGUACCAUGGGGCCGUUGGUGAUUGGGUUGAUAGCAGGAGCCAAUGUGUUGGCUUCUGGCCCGUUUACAGGCGGGUCAAUGAACCCGGCGUACUCUUUUGGGACUGCUGUUGUUGGUGGGACUUUCAGGAAUCAGGCUGUGUAUUGGAUCGGACCCUUGAUUGGAGCAGGCGCUGCAAGUGUUGUAUAUGAUACUGUGGUGUUUCCUUCUCAAUCGCCUGAAGAUUCUAUUCGGGGAGUUACCGAUGGCAUUGGCGUUUAACUUCUUGAUUAUCAAUUGUAGUUACUGUAACUAUUUAAUUUGGACCAAAGUUUGUUUUAAUUCUAGUUUAACUAAUAAUUGUGUAAUAAUAGUAUCAGUCUAUAUUAAAUAUUGUCUUUUAUUUCUA